AAUCGAUUAUUGCUUCUACACAGAAUCCGAAGUUAAAAAAAAAAAAAGAAGCAAAAGGCCCAAUUUAGGAAUUCAAUGGCGUCGUUGAAUUUGUUCUUCACUCCAAUAGCAACCGUAACUACACAACAGAGAAGAAGAGUAUACACCGCCGCUACAGCGUCGAAGAGCUCCGGCGGAAGCACUGAGGAGAAAUCGCUUUUGGAUUUUAUACUUGGUGCAUUACAGAAGCAAGACCAGCUAUUGGAGACAGAUCCACUUCUGAAAAAAGUAGAGGAUAAGACCGUUAGCACCACCACCGCAGGCCGUAAGAACUCUGUCGCUGUUCCUCCUAAGAAGAAUUCCGAUGGCGGAGGAUUUGGUGGCCUCUUUUCGAAGAAAGAAUGAUUAUUCUACCCUGUGAGUCUGCUUAAUUAUUUUCCCCCUUAUUGCUAAACCGUCGAGCCUCUUGAGAAUUGGAGAAAACAAAAAAAUUCUGCUUCCUUAUAUGAAAUUUAUGAUUUUAGUCGCUCUGUAAUCUAUUUAUAUUUAUUGAAUUGAACAAUUCAGCACUU